UAUACCGCAAUGCGAGUACGCAUUAACACAUCGCCAGUAUAUCUUCACUUUUCUCCGUUGUUUACGUUUUGAACUUGGUUUCUUUCCAGAACAAAUUUAUUCGUCAAUAAUUCCGAAUUUAAAAUGCUCGGCUGUAUUGUAUCGGGACGAUUGGUCCAAAUGGACUUUCAACAAGUGGAAGAAGGUAAAUUUCUGUUGAAUAUUCCGGAGGCAGACAAUAUAAAUCACAUUGUGAUCUUUUUGACCGGUGCCAUUCCAUUGCCGGCGGGGCUGGCGGGUGCAGUUUAUUUUUCCUGGCCAGACCCAAAUGCACCGCCAAAUUGGCAAUUCUUAGGCUAUAUUUCGAACAACAAACCAUCGGCCAUUUUCAAAAUAUCAACCCUGAAAAAGUUGGACGAAAUGGAAACAAAUGGACUAUCAGCAGCCAUGUCUCAGUUUAAUGUGUUCGGUUCGCAGCCCAUUUCGCAUACUGCACAAAUCGGCGUUUCAAUUGAGCCUGAGUCAACAGUUACCCAAUUGGAACCAGCAACGACAAAUACAACGAGUUAUGUUCAGUUCGGACAAAAGAUGCUCGAGAAUUUCAUCAAUUUUAUUAGCAGUUUUGCAGUGACACAGGCACAAAUGGUACCAAAUCCAACGGAAACGUUCGUUCCACUGUCGACCAUUCAGACCUGGUACCAAAAUUUCGAGCGAAGACUUCAGCAAAAUCCAAACUUUUGGAAAUAGUGAACCGGCCAAGUGCGGUGCAUAAGCGAUUAGAAUGGGACAAAUCUUGUUGAUAUCCAGUUACUAUUCAGAGAGCCUCGUUAAUAAUCAAAUGCAUGAAUCGGCCAAUGACCUAUCAGAUUGAAUAUUUUAGAUGUUGCAGAUGUUGAUAUUACAUGAUUCGGUAUGCUAACGAAAUGGCCUCACAUUCAUUCUUUAUAUACGCUAUUUGUACAAAUACGCAACUCAAAUUACCAAUAAACUAAAUAUUGAGACAAAGAA